GCGGCGGCCACGGCGGCACCCCGGAGCCUCGGAAGCGAGGGGCAAGUGGGCGAAGGAGGAGGGACGGCUGCUGCGGGAGCGGCUUAAGGCCAAGGAAUUGAAAGGGCUCUAGGGGGAGGCAGUGCGAGCCAGCCCCGACUGCUCCUCCUCUUCCUCCUCCUCCAAACUCGCAGGGUUCAGCCCCAGCGCUCGCUCAGCCGCCGGGAGCACCCGGAGGGACGGGAGGCAGCCGCGCGGCCCCGAGCUGGGCAGGGUCCCCAGCCGCCAUGGAUAGCGACGACGAGAUGGUGGAGGAGGCUGUGGAAGGGCACCUGGAUGAUGAUGGAUUACCGCACGGCUUCUGCACAGUCACCUACUCCUCCACAGACAGAUUUGAGGGCAACUUCAUUCACGGAGAAAAGAACGGACGGGGGAAGUUCCUCUUCUUUGAUGGCAGCACCCUGGAGGGAUAUUAUGUGGAUGAUGCCCUGCAGGGCCAGGGAGUUUACACUUAUGAGGAUGGAGGAGUUCUCCAGGGCACAUAUGUAGACGGAGAGCUGAAUGGACCGGCCCAGGAGUACGACACAGAUGGAAGACUGAUCUUCAAGGGACAAUAUAAAGAUAACAUUCGGCAUGGAGUGUGCUGGAUAUAUUACCCAGAUGGAGGCAGCCUUGUAGGAGAAGUAAAUGAAGAUGGGGAGAUGACUGGAGAGAAGAUAGCAUAUGUGUACCCUGAUGAGAGGACUGCCCUGUAUGGAAAAUUCAUUGAUGGAGAGAUGAUAGAAGGGAAACUGGCUACUCUUCUGUCCACUGAAGAAGGAAGGCCUCACUUUGAACUGAUGCCUGGAAGUUCGAUGUACCACUUUGAUAAGUCAACUUCAUCUUGCAUUUCUACCAAUGCACUUCUUCCAGAUCCAUAUGAAUCAGAGAGGGUGUAUGUUGCGGAAUCCCUCAUUUCCAGUGCUGGAGAAGGACUGUUUUCCAAGGUAGCAGUGGGACCCAGCACUGUUAUGUCUUUUUAUAAUGGAGUCCGAAUUACACACCAGGAGGUUGACAGCAGGGACUGGACUCUUAAUGGGAACACCCUCUCCCUCGAUGAAGAAACGGUCAUUGAUGUGCCUGAGCCCUACAACCGUGUAUCCAAGUACUGUGCCUCCUUAGGACACAAGGCAAAUCACUCCUUCACUCCGAACUGCAUCUAUGACAUGUUUGUCCACCCCCGUUUUGGACCCAUCAAAUGCAUUCGCACGCUCCGAGCCGUGGAGGCCGACGAGGAACUCACUGUUGCCUAUGGCUACGACCACAGCCCCCCGGGGAAGAGUGGGCCUGAAGCCCCCGAGUGGUACCAGGUGGAGCUGAAGGCCUUCCAGGCCACCCAGCAGAAGUGAAAGGCCUGGCUCUGGGCUUCAGAGACCUGGAAUAGAAACUUGGAUCUAUGCACUACGUUUAUCCGACAACGGGACAACCAGGGACUGCUCAUGCUGUGACAUCACAUCCUCUCACUCUGCGUUCGCUACAACUUUCUCGAAUACUAACUAGGUCUGACUGUAUUACUCAUACCAGAUUUAAAAUUAGCUAGCAACAACGCCCUCCUGAGAGGUACUGUUGAGCACUUGACAGAAGACAGCGUGAUGUUCUUUGGUGGUUCAAGACUAAAUCUGUACCACAUUCAGAGAUGCCAAACGAUUAGACUGAAAAAAGGGAAAAAGGGGGUUUUUCAGUCAUUUUUAGUCAGUGGCUUUUCCAUGAGGUUUAUUUCUGUGGCCAGUGCAAAUUGCGUUAUCACACUUGCAUAUGCGCCAUAUGGAGGACAGAGAAUUACUACAUUUUUAUUCUCUAAAUGUAGUAUCAUUUGCCUUUUAACCUUUGAUCUGUUCUUGCAAUAGAAUGGCUUUGUUUUUUCCCUAGCGAACAGAACCCCACUUUUUGAGUCACUUCACCCCUUAGUCCUCUUCUCUAUCUUAGGUAUCUUUCACAAGAGAAAACUUCCAAAUGGAUUUCGUUUCAGUGCCAGUGUGUAGGUCUCUCUGGCUCUCUCUAUAUCACUGUUUCAUUACUAUGUCCUAAUAUAAAGACCUGGCUCCUAGGGCCGGGCUAUUAUUAUAGAAUUAUUAUUCUCGCAUGUAAACAAAGGUAUCUUUGCUUUAAGAUGUGAGAAGAAAUGAAUUUACUUUGUUUGCAUUAAGUUAUGGAAGAGUUGUAACAUAUACUUUAAGAAAGAAGAGAGGGAAAUUAGUAUUUCUAAGCAGUAGACGUGGCAAUUUUGCAAUAUCUUCAAUAGUGCUAGUAAUUUUUUUUCUCCUUGGGUACACAUUAAAUGUACAUAACAGAGCAGUCUGGCUUGUGGCACAGUGCAUUGAAUUCAAAAGUCGAAUAGCAAACUUGAAUUAUAACACAGAAUUCAAAAGGUUUUUUUUGUUUUUGUUUUUUAAAUCGCUACUGUUAAGAGAGACGUACUGAUCACUAGGUACAAAUCAAACCUUAAUGCUAAAACUCUUCACCAUUGUAAUUUCAAAGCACUUAUCUGCUUCACAGCCUUGUGAAUUAAGACUAACACCUGUAUAGUUUAGAAGCAACGGUAUCAAUAGCAUUUCAGCCAUUUUUGCUAGCCGUGU